AUGACUUAAACGGCCAUGAAUAACCAGUCACUGGUGACAGAAUUCAUUCUGCGAGGCUUCUCAGAAGAGCCACAGCUCCAGAGUCUCUUCCUCAUCCUCUUUCUCUGCCUCUACACUGUGGCGCUUUGUGGCAAUUCCCUCAUCGUCGCAGCCAUUACCUUCAACUCUGGGCUCCAUACCCCCAUGUACUUCUUCCUGGUCAACUUGGCUGUGUUGGAUGUUAUCUGUGCAAGCACUGUGGUGCCCAAGCUACUCGAGAUUCUGGUGGCAGAGAAGAGAAACAUUUCUUAUGGGGGCUGCAUGGCCCAGAUGUUCUUCCUGUCAUGGUCAGUAGCCGCUGAGGUGCUGCUCUUCACAGCCAUGGCCUAUGACCGCUAUGUGGCCAUCUGCCAGCCAUUGCACUAUGGCUCCAUGAUGAACCCCAGGGUGUGUGCGGUGCUGGCUGGAGCUGUGUGGGGCAUGAGUGUGCUCGGUGCUGGAGUCAAUGCCUGCCUGAUGCUACAGUUGUCCUUCUGUGGGCCCAACGUGGUUGAUCACUUCUUCUGUGAGAUUCCCCCUUUGCUGCUGCUCUCUUGUUCCUCCACAUAUGUUAAUGACAUCAUGGCAAUUGUGGCUGACAUAUUCUUUGCGGUGUUGAAUUUCCUGCUCACCAUGGUGUCCUAUGGCUUCAUCAUCUCCACCAUCCUGAAGAUUCGCACGGCUGAGGGGAAACGGCGAGCCUUCUCCACCUGCUCCUCCCACCUCAUUGUGGUGACCAUGUACUACUCCACCAUCGUCUACACCUACCUGAGCCCUGGCUCCGGCUACUCCCCGGGGAUGGGCAAGGUUAUGGCUGUGCUUUAUGCCACUGUGAGCCCAGCUUUGAACCCUCUCAUCUACACCCUGAGGAACAAGGAUGUCAAAGGGGCCCUCAAGAAAGUCUUGAUGCUCAUAGUGGAAAAAUUGUAA